AAAAAAGAAAGAGGAAAGAACAAUCGUAAUGAACAGAAGAGCCCAGGUAGCGGAACUUCCUCUCGAAACGACGACGCGUCCAGCUUCCUCUACAGUUGUACUACUCAGUCACAAGCUCCGCUCCUUUUACAGUUAACAGGCAUAGAGAUCGCCCAUCUCCAUGUACGAACCUUGUAGUUUCAAAAAUCCUCCCCAAAUUCCAUAAUCCAUUGACAGAUCUCUCAACUUCCAAUCCGCACCAAUGCCUCCUCCAAUCUCCGAGAUCCGAAGCUUUUCGCUCUGAUCGAUUCCAAGAAGCUCCGAAUCAGAAUCAAUGGCGGUGGUGAUUGAGAGCUCCGUUUGGGAACCGAAUCCCGGCGUAUACAUAUUCAUCUUCCUGGCCUCUCUCUUCUCCAUCAUCGUCUUCCCUUAUGCUUCUAGCAGCGGCAGCAGCAGCAGCUCCGGCAAAGCUCCGUCGCUCUUCGACCAUGGAAUCUCCACCACCGCUUCCUCUCUGCGCUUCCAGCGCAACUUCCUUCUCAUCUAUUCUCUCGCCUCGGGUAUGGAAGGAGUGUGGUCUGUAUUUGGAGAGUUCGAAUUAGCUUACUACGGUUUGAGCAGAAAGCAAAUGCUGUUUUCUCUCUGUGUUGGAUUUGCAGCAUCUCUCAUUGUUGGUUCUUUCUUAGGCGUGCUUUCGGAUUUAAUAGGUCCAAAGAAAGUUUGCAUCCUCUUUUGCAUUCUACAUCUCUUUCUUGGCUUGUGGAAGAGAAUUACUGAUCACCCGAGCAUUUUGGUGGCGAGAAUUUGCUUGUCUCUCACAGCUUCUAUUUUUUCAUUCAGUUUUGAGACGUGGAUGGUAGUUCAACACGAAGAGCAAGGGCACAGGCAGGAUAUGUUGAGUGAGACGUUCUGGUUAAUGAGUUUCUUUGAGGCUGCAUCUCUUAUUGGAAGCCAGGUGCUUUCAAAUUGGCUCAUUGGUGAUAAUUUGGAGAAAAACAUGGCUUCUCAUUCUAUUACAGCCGUCUUCUUGGCAAUACUUGGCUUAGUCUGUCUCCUGAGAGGAUGGGCACAAACCCCACAAAAAGUAGCUCUUAAGGAGUAUAGGGCAUCUUUCUCUGCAUAUAUUUUUGGUGAUAAAAGAAUAUGGCUUUUGGCAUGGGCACAAGCUUGUCUUCACUUCUCUAUAGCAGUCUUCUGGAUACUAUGGGCCCCUACAAUAGUGGCUGAUGGACGAGAAGUGCACCUAGGGUUGAUAUAUCCAUGUUUUCUGGGCUCAAGAAUGCUUGGAAGCACAGUAUUUCCGUGGCUGAAUAGUGGACUGUCAUCCCUUAGAACUGAGGAUUGCCUAGUAUAUGCAUUCAUCAUGCUGGGGCUUGUAUUGUCCAUAACAGCUUACGAUUAUCAGGAAAUUGGAGUUUUAGUGACACUGUUUUGCAUAUUUCACGCUGGUCUAGGGGUGGUUUUGCCUUCACUUGCCAGAUUGAGGACCAUGUAUGUCCCUAAUGCACUCCGUGGAGGGAUGAUAAGCCUUUCUCAAGCACCUGCAAAUGCAGCAAUUCUGCUUUUUCUGGUGCAAGGGAAAUAUUACCAUAACAUUGGUAAUUCAACAAUCAUUGCUUUUGCUGCCCUUGGGCUAUUCACAGCAGCUGGUUGCAUGCAUGUCUUGAAGCGAUGGGGGAAGCAACCAUAUCACAACUGGCAUAAAUUGUGAUGUUUUUACCUAAUCAUCACCGAGCUUAUCGGCUGAGUUGGAGAAUCCUGAUCAUCAAUUGCUCAGUCCCUGACUAGCACAAUGAGUGUGUUUAAAGAAAAAAUUAUGUGGCUUUGAAUCUGCACUGAGGUAUGCCACUAUAGAAGAAUAUAAAUAUUGAAAGAAAGUGUGAAAGAUUAGAUUGAUAUGGUCUUGUAUACUCCUUAGGGAUCAACUGACUGACUGCAAGGCGGAAAUCAAUUAUCGGUUCCUUGUCACUCAGUUCGAUUCAAGUUGCCAAAUCCAUCUCGCACGCUCAACUUUCAGGGCACGUCUGCUGGUUAGUCAGGAGAAGAGCAAGGGAUUUACAUGUUUACUAGUACAUUUUACAAGUUUAUUAUCGGCACCGUUGCGGUUUAGGGAUUUAUAAAUCGACAGUAGCUGAGAGCUGCAAAUCUCUGCCAUCCUCAUUCCGAAGAUCUAUUUUUUCAUUUUUUGUUAUGUAGAUUGUAAUAUUUAUGCCCCGAAGUGACAUAAUUGACAUUAUACUUCAGCCAAAAUUGUACUUGCUGUUAUUGCAUGGACAACUGAAAAUACAUGCUAUUUUUACCUGCUA